AAAAAUUAGGGUUUAAGGUUCAAGAAUAUCAAAACAAUGGGUGCUGUUUUUUCUUCCCCAACUCCCUCAAUUCCAUCCCAACUACAAAAACCUAAAAGUGCCUCCACCAUGGCUGAAGCCUCUUCUGCUAAACCUAUAGAUACAAAAAUCCCAGAUAAGAAACCUAUAGAUACAAAAAACCCAGAUGAGAAACCUAUAGAUACAAAAAACCCAGAUGAGAAACCUACAGAUACAAAAAACCCAGAUGAGGAACCUAUAGAUACAAAAAACCCAGAUGAGAAAACUAUAGAUACAAAAAACCCAGAUGAGAAACCUAUAGAUACAGAAAACCCAGAUGAGAAACUAACAGACCCAGUUCAAGAAAGUGAAAAAAAAGAAGGGGAAGAAGGAGAAGAAGAAGGGGAAUGUGGGUUUUGUUUAUUCAUGAAAGGUGGUGGAUGUAGAGAAGAAUUUAUAAAUUGGGAAAAAUGUGUUGAAGAAGGUGAAAAGGGUAAUGAAGAUACUGUUGAAAAAUGUUCUGAAGUUACUUCUGCUUUGAAAAAAUGUAUGGAAGCUAAUUCAGAUUACUAUGGAAUACUUUUGCAAGCCGAAAAAGAUGCCGAACAACAAGUUUUGAAUCAGUUAGAUCAGGAAGAAAAAAAGAAACAGGAAGAAAAAGAGAAAGAAAAAGGUGUUGCAGAAGGAUUGAAUUCAGGGGAGGAGCAAGAUUCGAAACCGAAAGCGGAACCGAAACAGGAAAGUUAGUAACUUUUUUGAAGGGGGAUGUUUUGAGGUAAUUAAACAUUAUUUUAGAGUAAUAAAGGUGAUAAAUUUUUUUGCUAUGAGACGGUUAAGUUAUACUGUAGAGCCGAAUGAUUGGUUGCUUGGCUGAGUUUGUUUUAACAUGAAUUUUUUUGAUCACCUCAAAUUGAUGAUGAUGUUAUACUAGUAAUAUUGGAAUUCUUAUUGAUAUCUUUUGAUAUGAGAAUGUGAAAUUCUGUUUUGGUUGUUAA